AUGCCUUCGGUUAAACAGACCCUCAUCCUCCUGCCGCUCCUAGGCCUGGCUGUCGCGGCGCCGACUAACCUUCCUCGGGAUCUGGGCAACGCGGGAGGCGAUGCUCCAAACUUGGUUCUCGACGCGAGAGAUCAUUACGCCGCUGGUGGCUCUGGGAACUGGGAGGAUGAGGCUGACGCACUCAACGAUGCCAUCCAGAGCGGUUCGGCUCAACAUCAGAAGCGCGGCACCUUGACCGAUGGCUCUGAACUGGUGGCAGGAACCGCAGGACGUACGAUUAAUUUCCUCGGUAACACGGGCAAAAAGUUCUUUACCGCUGUCCCUGACGUAUGGAACGAGUUUUGGGGCAACGCCAGGGGCAAGCCCUCGAAAAGGGAUGUGGCCGGCGCUUCCGUCGACGCUGCGGGUGCGCUCAGCAGGCGACGGGUCCCGGCCGCUCAGCCAGGCGGCUAUGACGGCAUGGACGCCACCGUGCCUGCGAGCCCGGCGAUCCAAACCACGCCGCAGAAACCCAAGUCGCAGAAUGCGGUGGCGAACUUGAUAGGCAGCUUCAGAACGAGCCCCGAGGACGAGCAGAAGAAGAUAUCCAACAAGCUGCUCGACGCGCAGGUCAAGAACGCGGAUAGACUCAGGAAGGAGGCGGAGAAGGAUUCCGAGCUGGACAGGAAGCAGAGGAAGUUUGACUUUGAAACGCAGCAGGCGCAGUGGGAAGCCGACAACACCGUCACUGGCGCCAUCAAGAAGAAGGUGAUAGGCAAGAUUAGCGGGUCCGCAGCCAAUCCCGCAAGCCUCGGCUCGGUCACGCCCUCUAAAGGCGGAUACGCUCCAGCUGCGCCUGUUGCAGCUGCGUCCGUCCCCGGCAUGUCUCCUACUGGGCAGAACCCCCGGCUCGCGGAUCCUGCUGGUGCCCUUGAUGCUGAUGAUACUAUUAACCCUGCUUACUGA